UAUAAUUCUGAAAAAACGUAAUUUAGAUAAGUUAAUAAUUAAAACAAGUUUAAAAAUACGCAAUUGACGAUUCAGGAGGUAACGAAUUUAAAGAUUCAGAAGAAUCAUUUAAAAAAAAAAAUUAUUUAACAUGGUUGUUAUAUGAUGAAAUCAAGAUUUUAAGUUUUAGGGCUCUGUUUCUGUCUUCUGCGUAUUAUGUUUCUCUAUAGAAACCACAUCUGCCACUAUCGGCACAACGUUUCAGGCGACGCCGGUGAAGACCUUUGGAUCAAGAGCAACAAAUGAAAAGAAGAAACGUAAACGAAGAUCAACCUGAGAGUUCGCUUCUUUCCUCAAUGAAAGGGAUGCAAGAAUCGAGAGAGACGUGUGAGAUAUGUGGAAGUGUGGGCAUUGCGGGUUUGAUGAUGGUAUGCUUCAAGUGCAGAGAUACUCGCGAGCAUACUUAUUGCGCAAAGGUGUUGUUUGUACCAUAUGUCCCUCACAUUUGGAUAUGUGAAGCGUGCCGUUCAUCAUCUCGCAUAUUGCUCAUACCUGGUGUUGCUGAGGAUCAAAUGGAUUCAGAAACCGGUGUUCUUGAUCAUACCUCAGAUCCAAAGAUCACUCACAGUUCCAGAGUAGAUGAUCAUGACACUGCCAUGUUAAGAACUAAUGGUAUGGAAGAAGUUGUAGAUUGCGGAAAGGCUUUGCAGCCACAUACAAGUCCACUAGCUAAAGUAACUUCCUCGGUACUCAAUGACUCAUCUCAAGACAACGAGCAGCAUCAACCAAAAAAACGCAAGACGUUUCAGUUGAUGGGCAUACAGAUCACUCUCUGAUCUCUCUUCUCUUGAUCAAAUCUUUCACAGGAGUGCCUCACCUAAGUGUAAAUCAAGAAACGGUUCAGUUGAUAGGUAUAUAAUAAACGCUCAGUACAUAGGUCUUGAGUCUCUUGACGUCUUGUGUGUACGUAUAUUUCAUCCAUUUGACUGUGAUACAACGAAGUUAUUUUUUCCUUGGAUCACAAGUUACUAUCAAAAAGUGAGAUUCCACUUCUUUGUUAUGAU